AUGGCGAAAGAUAGUGGUAAUGAGGAGAAGAAAAGAAAGAAAUCGCAAAAAGACAAAAUAAAGCCAAAAGAGAAGGACUCAUCAACGACACCAGAAACAUCAUCCGAUCACUUCUCCGCCGAUUCUCAAACAUUUCUCGUCAAAACGACAGUGGCAGAAGAUUUGUCGGCAUACAAGGACGCUCAGGUUCAACGCAAGUGCAAUAUUUUGUAA